CCCUUCCAACUCUAUUAUUAUUAUUAUUAUUAUUAUUAUUAUUAUUAUUAUUAUCAUCAUCAUCAUCAUCAUCAUCAUCAUUAUCAUUAUUAUUAUGAUAGUUAAGAGGGUGGGUGAAUAUCACAUUAAGGUGUGUUCUUUCAAGCCCUGUGUUUCAUGUGACCUUUGCCCUUAUGGUUGGUUAACCAGUUUGUGGUCAGGGAAAUUGUGUGAAGCAGCCUUCGUGUUAUAGUAUGACUUUGUUCCCAAAAAGCCAGCACUGAAAAACAGGAAGUGAGCAUCCUAAGUCAGGGUCAUUUCCUUGGGAUUUCAUCUGAUGAAACGUGUCAAAAUUCUGUAUUUCAUUGCAGUUUCUUAAGCACUUUGAGUUCUAGCAUCUUGUAUGAUCCUUAAUUGUAGGGUAUAUAUGAUCUUAAAUGUGAAAGGAAGCUAACUUGCCCUUCAGGGAAAAAAUAUUGAAAAUCCACCAAAUAUAAACAUUUAUUUUAUAAUCCAAUAUAAAAUAUUCCAUGUCUUGAUGUAAUCUAGGACCAUAUUUUACACCACACUUGAUGGACACACAAAAAGAGAAAUACCCAGAGGAUCCAUCUGCUGAAUACCAAUGCAAUCCUUUACCAACUUCACCUUCAUGAGGAGGAAUUUUGUCCACCACCUUCUCAUUUUUGAAAUUUAUUUUCUUUUCCACUUCAGAUGCAGAAACUAGAGUAAUGUCAACAACCUUCCUAACAACAAAAAGUUAAUUUUUGGGCAAAGAGCUUGGAUAGCCUUUGGUCAGUUCUGCAGCUACCAGAAUAGUCCUAUGAAUUGAAAGGUGUUUGGAGAUCCACAAGAUUCCUCUGACCCAGUGGUUCUCAACCUUUCUAAUGCCGCGACCCCAUAAUACAGUUCUCCAUGUUGUGGUGACCCCCAACCACUUAUACAUCACCGGGUGCCAGGGGCAUGGCCAAGGAAAAGGGGGGAAAAAUGGCGGACAGCCUUGUUUGGCGACCCCCGUGAAAUGGUCGUUCGACCCCAAAUGGGGUCCCGACCCACAGGUUGAGAACCACUGCUCUGACCUAUCUGGAAUUUCCUUCCAGGACAGACGAAAGAUGCAGAAACAACGGUUAGCAAGUGAGGGAACUGGAAAAUGUCCCUCUGCUGUUGAGCCAGGCAGCUGUGGGAAGAUCUGGGCAAAAACUGAGCAGAAGUACCUGGAGGAGAAAACCAUCAUCCGUUCAGAGAUUCAGCCCUGGAACUUCAGAAAUAUCCAAUAUGAGGAGAUUGAUGGUCCCCGAGGACUUUGCAGCCGACUCCACAACCUUUAUAGUCAAUGGCUGAGACCAGAAAAGCACACCAAAGCCCAGAUGUUGGACCUAGUAGUUCUGGAGCAGCUGCUGGCCCUUCUGCCCCCUCUGAUAGAAAACUGGUUGCGGGAGUGUGGAGCAGAGACCAGCUCCCAAGCGGUGGCCCUGGCCGAAGGCUUCCUCCUGAGUCAGGCAGAGGAGCAGAAGGAGCAAGUCAAAUUGCAGACCAGAAAUCCUAUGAGAAUCGGGAAUCCAUCAAAUUCUCCUCAGGAGCUGUUUUCCAGGAGGAUCUAUCAGGAAUCCGCAAGUCAGGACAUCUCAGAUGGGAAGAAUAGAACAAAUCUGACUCCUUUCUAUGGUGGUGCUGAAAGAGUGGUUGAAGUUCCAACUCAAGUAAGAGAGCAGGGUCUUGUGUCCUUUGAGGAGGUGGCUGUGUAUUUCUCUGAGGAGGAGUGGUCUCAGCUGUAUGCUGACCAAAAAGCACUGCAUCGGGAAGUCAUGCUGGAAAAUCAUAGGAACGUGGCCUCUUUGGGUAAUAAUGGGAAGGAAAAUGAAAAUUCCAGAAAACUAUUCCAAGUGAUCAGUUGUGGAUUCAAUACAAAGAACCCUACAAUUCUAAUGGAAGUAGAAAGCCAUGAGAGAAACCAGUCAAAUAAUUGGAAUCAGGAAAGUUCAUCUUCCAUUCAUGCACCAAUGAAAGCAUCUGUGGCUCAACAAGGAAAAACAAAGAACAAAUAUAUUGGAAAAUGUAUAAAACCAUUCAAAGACAAAUUUGAUGUAAAUGAACACAAUCAAACGCAAACCAAAGGAGAAGAUUAUAUAUCUAGAGACAAUGGGAAAUAUUACAAAUGGACCUUGUCUCCUACUCAUAAAAAUAAGUCCCAUACAUCUCAAAAAAGAACCCAGGCAGAAGAGAAGCCCUAUAAGUGCAUGGAGUGUGGAAAGAGCUUUAUUAAGAACCAUCAACUUAUCUACCAUAAAAAGAUCCACAAAGCAGAGAAAACAUAUAAAUGCAUGGAGUGUGGAAAGACCUUUAAUCAUAGAACUCAUCUUAGUUCACAUACAAGGAUUCACACAGGAGAGAAAACAUAUAAAUGCAAGGAGUGUAGGAAAAGCUUUACUAGUAACAAUCAUCUUACAUGUCAUCAAAUGACCCACACAGGGGAAAAGCCUUAUAAAUGCAUGGAGUGUGGAAACAGCUUUACGAACAGUAGAGAAUUUACUUCACAUAAAAGGAUUCACACAAGAGAGAAGCCCUACAAAUGCACAGAGUGUGGAAAGUGCUUGAGCUCACUCAAAAAUCUUUCUGUACAUGAAACGAUCCACACAGGGGAAAGGCCUUAUAAAUGCAUGGUGUGUGGAAAGACGUUUAUUCAUACAACUCAUCUUAGUUCACAUAGAAGGACCCAUACAGGAGAGAAGCCCUAUAAAUGCAUUCAGUGUGGAAAGAGCUUUACUCAGAGCAGCAAUCUUACUUCUCAUGAAAGGAUCCACACAGGAGAGAAGCCCUAUAAAUGCAUGGAGUGUGGAAAGAGCUUCACCCGUAGUACUUAUCUUACUUUGCAUUAUCGGAUCCAUACAGGAGACAUGCCCUAUAAAUGCCUAAAGUGUGGAAAGAGCUUCACCUGUAGUACUUCUCUUACUUUGCAUUAUCGGAUCCAUACAGGUGAGAAGCCAUAUAAAUGUAUGGAGUGUGGAAAGAGCUUCCCUAAGAGCACUAACCUUAUUUUCCAUAAAAGGAUCCACGCAGGGGAAAAGCCAUAUACAUGCCUGGAGUGUGGAAAGAGCUUUAUUAAGAACUCUCAACUUAUUUACCAUAAUAGGACACAUACAGGGGAGAAGCCUUAUAAAUGCAUGGAAUGUGGAAAGAGUUUUUCUAGAAACAGUUACUUUAACACCCAUAAAAGGACCCACACAGGGGAGAAGCCCUAUAAAUGCAUGGAAUGUGGAAAAUGUUUUUCUACAAAAAGUCAUCUUAACACCCAUAAAAGGACCCACACAGGGGAGAAGCCCUAUAAAUGCAUGGAAUGUGGAAAGAGUUUUUCUACGAAUAGUUAUCUUAACAUCCAUAAAAUGACCCAUACAGGGGAGAAGCCACAUAAAUGCAGGAAGUGUGGAAAGAGUUUUAUUCAGAACAGCGAACUUGUUUACCAUAGUAGGACACAUACCAGGGAGAAGCCAUAUAAAUGCAUAGAAUGUGGAAAAUGCUUUUCUUACUCUAGUAACCUUACCUCCCAUAAAAAUAUUCACACAGGGGAGAAGCCUUAUAAAUGCAUUGAAUGUGGAAAGAGUUUUCGUAGGAAGAAUUAUCUUAACACCCAUAAAAGGAUCCACUCAGGGGAGAAGCCGUAUAAAUGUAUGGUGUGUGGAAAAGGUUUUAUUAUGAAUAGUUAUCUUAACUUCCAUAAAAGGACCACACAGUGUAAAAGACCUAUAAAUCUGUGAAAUAUGGAAAAAGCUUCAAGAGGACCAAUGGCUGAAUGUUCCAUAUACAGAUACAUUUGGUGAGAAUCUGUUUAACUAUUAGGUUAGUUGCUGAAAUAUAUGCAUUUCCUAAUUACAUCUACUGAACAUUUUGACUCACCUUCACAAUUGGAAGCCCCAGAGUGAUGAAUUUACUAAUGGAAACGAAACGCUACGCAUGUGGUGUUUUUAAUUAUGAACAGUGGAUUUUUGUAAAGCUAACUGUCAUUUGAAGACCACCAAUGACAUUUCACAUAAAUAAGCGAACAUCUUUUUUCUUCAUGUUUAUUCCAUUUCCAGUUGGAUCGUAAUAAAGAAAGCCCAAAUCCCCAAUGAAACUUUAUAAAAGUUUAAUUUUUGAGAGCAAUCAUAGGGCUUAGCUAGCAAAAUGUCAUUCCAGGCAUACUAUGGGAAUGGCAUUAAUCAGGAAUGAUGUCAGAUGCCUAUCUUUGCUUUCUUUGAAGCUAGCUAGCAACUGCCAUAACUAGGGGGAAGGGGACAUUUGGUAGAGGAAGAGCACUGGAGGCGUUAAAGAAUGGUGUGAGAAUUUGGGGAGUAUGAGCAUUAACAGGAACUACAGGUACCAAACUGAGUCAUCUGCCUGCCCUCAAGGACACCAGCCCUGGGAAAGGAAUUUAUAGCCACUCCUGUAAGAUGCUAAGAAAAAGACUCAGGCAUGUCUUGAGCAAAGAUUUGAAGCUGCAGAACACAGCUUGACAAACUCUGAGUUUAUUGCUUUUUGUAUACUUGUUACAUACACCAGCUUAACGGUUAGAU